AUGCUUCUUCAGUCCCAGUCGCCCCCAAGUUUCUCGCCAGGGGCGCUGGAGGCUGGGCUCCAAGUUUGCUGGGCGGCAGCUGGGGGCGCGGGCGGGGGGCGGGAGCCCCGAGUCCGGGCGGGAGGGGGAGGAGCAGGCGCGCGGCCUCGCCGCUACCUGGCUCCUUCCAACGCGGCCGCUCGCGGGGUGCGCCGGGGGCUCCGAUGGGAACCGAGCGCGGGGGGCCCGGGACCACACAGCUCCGAAGCACUUUCCCAAGCCCGAAGGAGCCCUCGCUGCACCCCGAACCCGUUCUCCGCGUCCUGCUUUCUCCGAGGGAAAAAAAAAAAAGGAGAGAAAGAGAGAGAAGCAAGCAGAUGCGGCGCAAAGCGGGGCGCAGGACGGCAAGGUGAGGGCGCAGGGACUUACUCUGCCAAGCGCGGUGCCGAGCGCAGCGGCCAAGAAACCCAGGCCCGGCUCCCCGGCGCCCGGAACCCCGCGGGCCGGCAGGUCAAGCGCUUCGGGCCGGACGGUGUCCGGGAUAGGGACCGCGACCGCACGGACGCGCGGGUGGGGUCGGCUCGGGUGGCGCUCGCACUGCGCUCCGGCCGCGGCUCCGCGCGGCUCGGCUCCCGGCUCCCCUCUGGCUCCUUGGCACCAACUCUGGGCAGUCACAUGACGCCGGCGCCGCUCGCUCUGCGAGCCUCCCCGGGGCUGGCGGGAGGCCGCUUCCAGCCUGGAGGGACUUUUCUUGGAAAGGUGGAGACCCCCGGAGGAGUGCGACUCCCCAAGGCCCUGGAGCGAAAAGGCGUUCGCGGGUCAGCCUUGCUGCCAGAAAAAUUUAGCAAACUUCGGGCAGAUCCUCCCACCUGGGGCGAGAGCUCUGGCUGGCCUGGGGCUCAGCCCCGGGACCUUUCCUUUCACACUUUAAGAGCCUCAAGGCACUUUUUCCGUGGAAACCAGGCCAGAGCGAGGACAACUUCGCUGAGCUUGCUGCUAGGCUAGAGUCGGAGGCCUUUGAGUUUCUUUUUAAAACAGUAUUAAUGUAAUAAGGAACGCAAUAAAAAGAACAAAGGACAAAUUGGUUCAAUUGUUUUAGUUCUGUGUAAUGUUUUAAAACAACCCGGCUUCAGUCUAUGGCUUGUUAUUACUUCAAGAUGUUUUAAAGGCCCUGUAAGUUCACCAUUCUCACUUCACUUUGAUGCUUCAGCCAGGCAUGGUACUACUUAAAACGUAGUGAUACAUAGAUUCCCCACUCCUUGUUGUAACUACAAGGUACAAUUAAACUAGAACCCAGUAACCUCCACCACUGAAAUUGUCUGUCCUGAGGAGACCCAGAACCCACUAGUUCACAUUCCAGCAUAAUGUCCUGUUUAAAAUGUAAGUGGUGAGGGU